CUGGUUUCAUUAGAUUUCAAGUAUUAUUGUCAACAAUCAAAUAUUCAUUGACUUGUUUUUUAUUUCCUAUGUGUAGACCUUGUUUGGAUUAUAUAAUUUAAACAUAUUGUUGUGAUUCUCACAAAACAAAUGGUCGAUCCUCAACAUCAACUCCAACUUCCCCACAGCUUCAACCAACAACCUUUAUACAGAAACUUAUGCAACACGCUUCUCUCUUUAACAUUUUCUCGCUCCCUCCCCAAAGGUCUUCAACUCCACGCUCAUAUCAUCAAAUUAGGGUUACAAACUAUUCCUCUUCUUUCUCAUCACCUCAUCAACUUCUACUCCAAAACCCAUCUCCCUUAUUCCUCCCUUCAAAUCUUCCACGAUUCUCCUCACAAAUCCGCCACUACUUGGAGCUCUGUCAUUUCUUCCUUCGCUCAAAAUGACCUCCCUUUACUCUCUCUUAACUACUUCCGCCUUAUGCUUCGUCAAGGUGUUCCUCCCGAUGACCACAUUUUCCCUAGUGCUACUAAAUCAUGCGGGAUUCUAUCGUCGCUCCCCGUUGCUAAAAUGCUGCAUUGUUUUGCUUUAAAGACGGCUUACCAUCUUGAUAUUUUUGUGGGGAGUUCUGUUAUUGAUAUGUAUGCUAAAUGUGGUGAUAUUUGUUACGCGCAUAACGUGUUUGAUGAAAUGCCGUAUAGAAAUGUUGUUUCUUGGAGUGGGUUGAUUUAUGGGUAUGUUCAAUUGGGUGAGGAUGAUGAAUCGUUGAGGCUUUUUAAACGGUUUCUUGUUGAAGAAGAAAAUGAGGGUGUUAAUGAUUUUACUUUGUCCAGUGUUUUAAGGGUUUGUGGCGGUUCGACUUUGCUUCAAAUGGGGAGGUUAAUACAUGGGUUGAGUUUUAAGACGAGUUUUGAUUCGUCUUGUUUUGUUGCAAGUUCUUUGAUUUCGUUGUAUUCGAAAUGUGGGGUUGUUGAAGAAGCUUAUGAUGUUUUUGAGGAGGUUACUGUUAGGAAUCUUGGUAUGUGGAAUGCGAUGUUGAUUGCUUGUGCUCAGCAUGCACAUACGGAUAAAACAUUUGAGUUGUUUGAUAAGAUGAAGAGUGUUGGUGGUAUGAAGGCUAAUUUUAUUACCUUUUUGUGUGUGCUUUAUGCUUGCAGCCAUGCGGGGUUGGUAGAGAAGGGUAAGUAUUACUUUGAGUUGAUGAAGGAUUAUGGUAUUGAACCUGGGACACAACAUUAUUCAACCAUGGUGGAUUUGCUUGGUCGUGCGGGGAAGUUAAAUGAUGCGGUUAAAUUGAUUGAGGAAAUGCCUAUGGAACCUACUGAAUCUGUUUGGGGAGCUUUGUUAACUGGGUGUAGAUUACAUGGGAAUACCAAACUGGCAUCUUAUGUUGCUGAUAGAGUUUCUGAGUUGGGUUCUGUCAGUUCUGGACUUCAUGUUAUGCUUUCUAAUGCUUAUGCUGCCGCUGGGAGAUGGGAGGAAGCGGCGAAAGCAAGGAAGAUGAUGAGGGACAGAGGAAUAAAGAAGGAAACUGGAUUGAGUUGGGUGGAGGAAGGAAAUAGAAUUCACACAUUUGCUGCUGGUGAUAGGUCUCAUGCGAAGUCCGUAGAAAUUUAUGAUAAGUUAGAUGAGUUGGGUGAAGAAAUGGAUAAAGCUGGUUAUGUUGCCGAUACUUCUUUUGUGUUAAAAGAAGUGGAUGGGGAAGAGAAGAGUAGAAGUAUUAGGUAUCAUAGUGAGAGAUUAGCUAUUGCAUUUGGAUUUAUUACAUUCCCUCAUGGACAACCAAUUAGAGUAAUGAAGAAUUUACGGGUUUGUGGCGAUUGUCACACUGCUAUCAAGUUUAUUAGUAAAUGUACUGGAAGGGUCAUCAUCGUGAGGGACAAUAAUCGGUUCCAUCGAUUUGAGGAUGGAAAAUGUACUUGUGGAGAUUAUUGGUGAUCAUACAUUAGGGGCAUUAGAAACAUUAUUUACCUGGAACAAAAGUAGCAUCAGCUUGCGGGUAUAACAUUACAUCAUUCACAAAACUAUCUUGUUUUAUUUUUCUUUCUCACCAUGUGCAAUAUUGCGGUAAUUUUUAAUUUUUUGUAUAUUGCUGCUAAUAAGUUAUGGAGAAAAAGAAAGGCUAUUUAGCCUUGUAAGUUGUACUCA